GACACCAAUAUCUUUGGUAGUAGUGGUAGUUCUCUGCAGUGAUACAGUGGAAAGAAGGACCGGUAUCUAAAAAUACUGGCAGCGAGAAAGAGUGCGGAUACACACUGAGAGAACACUGUACAUGUGGAGAAUAUAGACUGUGUCUGUCCACAGAGACAUCAGCGGAUCCGUCUGAGGGCAGAGAGGCGAGAUGAGUGAAGACGCCGUGGACUCGAGCACACUCUGCCUCUUUGAUGUGGACGGAACUCUGACGGCUGCAAGACAGCGUGUGACUCCAGAUAUGACCAAGUUCCUUGAGAAGUUGAGGACUCGGGUUCAUGUUGGAGUGGUUGGGGGUUCAGACCUCAGCAAGAUCAAGGAGCAGCUGGGAGAUGAUGUGCUCCAGAAAGUGGACUAUGUGUUUGCUGAAAAUGGUCUUGUGGCCUAUAAAAAUGGACAGUUACUCUCAGUUCAGUCCAUCCAGGCCCAUAUGGGAGAAGAGCUGCUGCAAGAUUUCAUCAACUUCUGCCUCAACUACAUGGCCAAGAUCAAACUGCCUAAGAAGAGGGGGACAUUUAUUGAAUUCCGUAAUGGUAUGUUGAACGUCUCCCCUGUUGGUCGCAGCUGUACGCAGGAAGAGAGGAACGAAUUCUACGAGCUAGAUCAGAAAGAGAAAAUCAGAGAGACGUUUGUGUCUGUAUUAAAGGAAGAGUUCAAAGGAAAAGGGCUUUCAUUUUCAAUUGGAGGGCAGAUCAGCUUUGAUGUGUUUCCUGAUGGGUGGGAUAAGAGGUACUGUCUGGGGAUUGUUGAGAAGGACAACUACUCAACCAUUCACUUCUUUGGAGACAAGACCAAACCUGGUGGAAAUGACUAUGAGAUCUACUGCGACCCUCGGACCAUCGGCCAUGAAGUCUCUUGUCCAGAGGAAACACUGCAACUUUGUCAGCAGCUUUUCUUGUCAUGAGAGAGAAACGGUAACUGUUACUGUAUGUUCACACUAUCUGUACAUGGCAGAGAAGGGAGACUCUUAUUAGAAGUCUGAUUCAUUGUCAAGAUCUUAUCUUGAGGUUUGACUCUAAAAAUAAUGGAUUUCAUGCAGAAAGAGCUGAUGUCAUAAUGUAUUUGGUAAUGUCAGGGAAUGAGAGGGAAGAGUCAGUGAUGAAUGAGAAGAGAUUUCUGGGUAUUUGUGGUUGAGUUUAGAAUCAAAGCUGUCAUGGCUUUAAGUGGGACAGUAAAAAUAAGGGUUUGAAAAUGAUUGGUGAACUUUUUAAAAUGAGAUUCUGGCCUGUGUUAUCAGCUUUACCUCAGGGUAAAUACUGAGCCAAAACUCAGUAAUCACAAUAUAAUUUUUAAAGACUAAUGUAGCGUCAUUGUUCAUCCAAAUGUACUCCUGACCAAUGUUUUUGAUUGUGAAAAUAAAACUGAACCGGA